ACCGGAAGUUGCUCGCGCGGAGGUUGCUGGGCGGUUCCUGCCGGAAGUGGGCAGCCGCCGCGGAGGAGAGCGGAGGUGGAGCGUCAUGGCCAACAUGCAGCACCUGGUGGAGAGGCUGGAGAAGGCGGUGGGCAGGCUGGAGGCGGUGUCCCAGGCCCCCGGCGGGCACGGGGGCUGCGGAGACGCCGUGCCCAAAGGCGUGGCUCCGUUCGUGCAAGCCUUCGACUCGCUCCUCGCCGGCCCGGUGGCCGAGUACAUGAGGAUCAGCAAAGAGAUCGGGGGCGACGUUCAGAAACACGCCGAGAUGGUCCACACGGGGCUGAAGACAGAGCGGGCCCUCCUGGUGACGGCCUCUCAGUGCCAGCAGCCUUCCGGGAAUAAGCUCUCGGACCUGCUGGGCCCCAUCUCGGAACAGAUCCAGGGGGUGCAGAACUUCCGGGAGAAGAAUCGGGGCAGCAGACUGUUCAAUCACCUGUCGGCCGUCAGCGAGAGCAUCCCAGCGCUGGGCUGGGUGGCCAUGGCUCCGAAGCCGGGCCCGUACGUGAAGGAGAUGAACGACGCCGCCAUGUUCUACACGAACCGGGUUCUCAAGGAAUACAAGGACGUGGACAAGAAGCACGUGGACUGGGUGAAAGCGUACCUGAGCAUCUGGGCCGAACUCCAGGCGUACAUCAAGGAGUUCCACACCACCGGUCUCACCUGGAGCAAAACGGGUCCGAUCGCAAAGGAACUGAGCGGAGUCUCCGCCGGCCCCUCCGCCGGCUCGGGGGCGCCCCCGCCGCCGCCCCCGGGGCCUCCCCCGCCGCCGGUCCCCACCAGCUCCGGCUCGGACGACGCGGCCUCGCGCUCGGCGCUCUUCGCCCAGAUCAACCAGGGAGAGGGCAUCACGCACGCCUUGAAGCACGUGUCCGACGACAUGAAGACCCACAAGAACCCCGCCCUGAAGAGCCAGGGUGGCCCCGUGCGGGCCGGCCCCAAGCCCUUUACCGCCCCCAAGCCCACCGGCGGCUCCGCCCCCAAGCCCCUGACCAAGAAGGAGCCUCCUUUGCUGGAGCUGGAGGGCAAGAAGUGGAGAGUGGAGAACCAGGAGAACGUCUCCAAUCUGGUGAUUGAGGACACGGAGCUGAAGCAGGUGGCCUACGUGUUCAAGUGCGUCAACAGCACCCUGCACAUCAAGGGCAAGAUCAACUCCAUCACAUUAGACAACUGUAAGAAGCUGGGUCUGGUGUUUGACGACGUCGUGGGUAUCGUGGAGAUCAUCAACAGCAGGGACAUCAAAGUUCAGGUGAUGGGUAAAGUGCCAACCAUCUCCAUCAACAAGACCGACGGCUGCCACGUGUACCUGAGCACGAGCUCGCUCGACUGCGAGAUCGUCAGUGCCAAGUCUUCCGAGAUGAACGUCCUCAUCCCCACCGAGGGCGGUGAUUUCAACGAGUUUCCGGUCCCCGAGCAGUUCAAGACGCUGUGGAACGGGCAGAAGUUGGUGACCACAGUGACCGAGAUCGCGGGCUAAAGCCACCGAGUGCCACGGGGCCUGGGCCUCCGCCCCCUCCCCCCCCACACCACGGGAUCAAUCAGCAUUCAGACGAUUCUCUUCUAGGUUUCCUCUUACCUUUCUGCUCUCAAACUGCUUUCUCUGUCCUCUCCCGGAGAGACCCAGCUACCUGCCUUCACUGAAAUAUACCUCAGGCUGCGCUCUGGGGUCGGGAUGGGGGGAGGGGGAGGGGAAGGGGAGGGCAGGUCAGCCGAUCACCCGAAUCCCACCUGCAGGAAGGUGCGCCUUGCCCACGUCAGCCGCGACCGCCGCCGCCGUCCGUCGGCGGAGACCGUCGGACCGGUAUCGGCGGUCAGCUUUCCGCUCGGUUCGUGUUCGGUUUCCCUUUCGUAUCCGCGUCGUCGUCGUCCCGGAGGAACCGCCGACGGCCCCUCGGCUGGAGUCGGGGCGUUCCUUUUUGUAACGAGUCCCGGGGACCGCGACCCCCUCCCCGGCGCCGACCGGACCCCGGCCCGCGGCUCCGCCGAACCCGAGGCCGCGGCGCGGGCUUUCCCGGCGGAGCGGGGUUCCCUCCUUAACAUUCCCUUUUUCUUUUUUUGAUUUGGCUACGUGUAAUAUUACGCUCGCUCUACCUGUGCCAUCGUGGGACCGUUCCCCCCACUCACCGGCGUCCAGGGGACUCAAGAGCCCUCUCCCUUAGCGGGACCGGCUCCAUUUUGCGUGUCGUAAAUGUUAAGCCGGGGGGAGGGGGGGGGGCAACGGUCACUUUUCAAUACUGUAUCCUCGGCCCCGCCCCCCCCCCCCCGGCAUCGCCCCACUCUGCUGGAGGCAGAAGCUUCUGACUUCUGUUCAGAGCCCCGUUUGGGGGCGGGGGGGUUGAGCGAACAGCACAGGGCGUCUCCCCGCCCCCCACCCCAAGGGCUUCAGCGUCCCGAUUCCGGGCCUUAAACGGCAUAAGCAUAUUUUACGGCAUUUCUUAGGUAAAUGGUCAAUGGUUUUUUUUGUUUUGUUUUUUUUUCUCUCUUAGAAUAAAACCUACAAAAAUAUGCAACUUGGUUUUUUAAGACCCUCCUGUGACUUCCAUUCAUCUCCCGAGGCCCGUGGGGAGAAACUUCUCUUAUGUACUUAAAGUUCUAGAGAAAGUGGAAUAAAAUGAAUGCCAAUC